CAAUUGUCAUGUGAUAGCAAAGAGGUGGCACAUUAAUGGAGCGCCCCUACAGGGGUCUUUUCUGCUCAUGUCACUACAUAAAACUAUCAGAUGGUUAGAGGAAGGCCAUGGAGGCAUCCACUUAGCUCGUCUUAUCAAGGACGCCAAAUGAAGUCUAUUCAACUCUGCUAGCGGGACAAGCUGACUUACUUUGCAAGAAAGACUUACAGCAGCCGUCACUCCAUAAAUGUGCACCAUCCGCCCGCCUGCACACAGCAGAGGCGCACAACUUGGCUGCUUUACGCACGACGCAGCUCCGGCUUCGCCUGAACCGAAACUUUCUCCAGUGGCUGUUUUCAUGAAGAGCAUCCAGCUUUCACCAAGGAAUUAAGGGAGACUACUUUUUUUUAUUGCUUUUCUUAAAAAUCAUCGAGGAUGCCUCGUCCGGGGAGAAACACGUACAGCGACCAGAAGCCACCGUACUCCUACAUCUCCCUCACCGCCAUGGCGAUCCAGAGCUGCCCGGAGAAAAUGCUGCCACUCAGUGAAAUAUACAAGUUCAUCAUGGAUAGAUUCCCUUACUACAGGGAAAACACCCAGCGAUGGCAGAACUCCCUGAGACACAACCUGUCCUUUAACGACUGCUUCAUCAAAAUCCCCCGGCGCCCAGACCAGCCAGGUAAGGGAAGUUUCUGGGCACUGCACCCCAGCUGCGGGGACAUGUUUGAGAAUGGAAGUUUCUUGAGACGCCGCAAAAGGUUCAAAGUGUUGGGUGUGUCCGAUCACCUGGCCCCCAGUAAGCAGUCGGAGGCUGCCCAUUACCUCCAGCAGCAAGCCAAGCUGAGGCUCAGCGCCCUGGCAGCCACUGGCACACACCUGCCCCAGAUGUCAACCUACAACCUCGGAGUGUCCCAGACGUCAACUUUUAAACACCCGUUCGCCAUCGAGAACAUCAUCGCCAGAGAGUACAAGGUCCCGGGGAGCCUGGCGUUCUCCACCAUGCAGUCCAUGUCCGCCGGGUACCCGCUGCACAACCAGCUGACGACAGCCUGGCCCCACAUGUACAACACCAGCGUGAUUGACACGUCGGGCCAGAUCUCCAUGGCGAGCAGCGACUACACCGCCUACGGCAUGCCCAUCAAGUCCCUGUGUCACGGGGGACAGUCGUUACCGGCCAUCCCGGUGCCAAUCAAGCCCACCCCGACCAGCAUGGCCGGUUUCUCGGCGCUACCUCCACACAUCCCCGCGUUCCUAUCAAACUCUCCGCAGUCUCUGAGCCCGACGUCUCCACAGACCGCGACGAGCCAAAGCAGCCCCGCGACCCCGAGCGAGACUCUGACGAGCCCGUCCACACUGCAGUCUGUGGCCGUGCACUGACCACAUGAGCCCGGACACUGAACGAACUGCCGACCGGCUCCCAGGCCCCUCUACCAAACCCAAAGUUUAUAUUUUCUGUCGUCGGAAACUAUCAAGGCGAGUUGCAGUUGCAUAUUGAUUUAUUUGUGUAUGUGUUGAAUGUGCGCUUUAAACUUGUGUCAUAUGGAGUCCAGCACAGAAUCGCACAGCGAAGUAUUUGCUCUUGAAAAUAUAAAUUAUUUGAUAAUUCUAUUUUUCAGUUGAUUGUGAAACGUGAGUGUUGAAAGUGGAGCCACUGAGGGGACUUGGUUUUGGGCACCAUCCAUUCUGAUUACAGCUCCCGUGGCAAUUUCUUUAUUCUGUUUUAUCUAACAGCAAAACUUUUGCACCGUUUCUGUGUGACCACUGUAAUGUCAAUGAAACUGUUGUUUGCUUUUACUACUGGAAUGAUGGCUAAGGGAAAUACCAAAUAGGAGUAGGAUUUAGAUUUGUUCUUGCCAUCCCUGUACAAAAAAAAAAUAGAAAGCAAACUGAGUUAUCAAAUCUUUUCGAAAUUGAAAAGUAUUAUUGUGAGACGUCCUCAAAAUGCAAGAUGUGAAUAUUGCAAAUAAGUGAUUCCGAAAUGUUGUAAAAUGCACUUUUUAGUUUUACGUUUUAGAUAUCUAUUUUCCAGAAAAUGUUCUGUGAAGCAUUUAAUUUAAAAGGCUGUGGUGACCAUGUGUUUCAGAUGCUGUACAUUUGUACUUUUUUUUUAGGUAAAGCAUGCAUUCUAAAAAAAAAUUGUGUUGUUAUACUGAUGUUGUUAUUGAUGUUGUUUUUGUUUGUUUUUGUUUUUUUUGCAAGCAUGCGUGCUUUCGAAAAGUGUGCAAACAGUCUGCAUUUAUGAAUUGGAAAAAAAAAAUGGUCAUCGAAAUAUUUUCUCAUUAAAAGUGAAUCAAACAAUCAAAAAUGCUUCUGAAGAUUUUAUCUAAGACAAUGUCACGUGCUGUUUGUUAUUAUUACUUGUUCUUGAUUGUUGUUCUUAUUAGUACAUGUCUCUGAUAACACACUAUUUAUUUGGAAGGUUUCUGAAAUCAAUAUUACCCAUAAACAUAUAAUAAUAAUAAUAAUAAUAAUAAUAAUAAUAAUAAUAAUAAUAAUAAUAAUAAUGAGGAUGAUAAUAAUGAUGGUUGUUUCUUCGAUGCAAACCUGUAUGAUUUCAGAGUGAGAGUCGCAGUGAGAGGAGUGGGUCCAUUAGAAUGCAUGGAGUUGCGAUGCCAUGGUCACAGCGCAGACAACCGGGCUCAUUCAUCAAGCUGCAGGCUUAACACAAUUAAGCCCAACAAUAAACAUUAAGAAAAGCAACACACUGUGUUUAAAAAAUAUAUAUUGUUACAUAUUCCAAAUGUCACAGAAAGAAAUCAAACAAGAGUCGUGUUUAGUGUUUUUCUGUCAGUGCAACCUUAUGCUUUCUUAUUUUAUUCCUUUCCUCCUAAAAGCGAAAUACAUUAUAGCUUUUCUUUUUAAUUUUGUUUUCAGAGGCUAAAAUAAUUUUAAAAAAGGCGCUCUUCAUCUGCCUCCCUGUAGAAAGCAACAGCCUAUUUCGGGGUAUUAAACAAAUACAUUAGAAUUCCGUCACUUUAUACAAUCCAGUAGAACAAAUAAAGGGUCUCGGGCCACUUCAUUCUCCCUCAUUCACUUGAAUUGAAAGAGUAAAGAAUGGCAAACUUAGACUGGGCCACCAAUGUAGAUUUAGCCUUUUUUCAGCAAGACAAAAAGACUGAUUUUUCACAAACACAUUGCUGACUGGGGAACUAGGAAACGAGCUGGGAGACCCUUUUGGAAUUUAAAUCCACCCCUCCCCCACGGACUGUUUGUACAACACUGUUAGUUUUUUUUUCCUUCUCUUUCUCCCCAUUUGUGUGUGUUACAUUAAUUCGGACUCUGGAUGAUUACAUUAAUUCAAACUGCAACGCCAGAUUAGAAGCUUUAAUUUGAAAUCAGAUUUUAUUUACAUGAACAAUUACAUUAAAAUCCCUUUAACGAACAUAUUUAACUUUUUUGGCACUGAGCACAUUGGCACAGCUAAGCCAAUUAACAUUUGAGUCACGAAAGAUUAAAAAAAACGUAACAUGAAUACAGUUUUAUUUGUUUAUUUUUUCUUUUUAUUUGGAUUUCAGUGUACUUCACAUUGUCUCAUUCGAUAUGUAUUGCACUGUAAAGUAAAUUGUUUAUGUAAUAUACAGAUAAAUGUAUGAGAACAACAUGUGAAUAAGAGGUAAUUCUUUGUCAAUUAAUAUUAGAAUGUGAAAUGUAAAAAAUAGCUGGAUUAGAUGCAUGGUGUGCUUCACAGAGAGAGACAAAUCAGAUGGCAUCAUUUUAACAGCAACGUGCAGUCUAUAAUUAUGUUUAAAGACAGAGUGCAUGGUGCUGAAUGAAAUAUAAAAAAUAAUAAUAAUCAAAUGUUGCAAAUUAGUGGUUUGAAGUCAGUCAGGAGAAGCAUUAGGACUUUGUUUAAAAAAAUAAAAUAAAUAAACACUCUCAACUU